UUCCAAGUUCUGCUUCUAUUUCAAUCCUGCCAUCAGAUCCUCUCCGGUGACCUUGCCUCUUACCCCUUGACACUUCCUUCUUGAUAAGGGUGCUGAUCCUCCUCGGCUCUGCUUUGCCACUUGACCAAUUGUUGUCCUCAUUCCAUCUUCUUCUCACUGUUCACUGCUCGCACGCGAGAGAUAAGACAUCCCACAAUGGCGACCCAUCACUACCAGGCUCCUUCUCUUCCCAUCAACGUCCCCUCCAAGGCCCCGGCCCUAGCCAGCUUUCACCCCAUCAGCAGAGUGUCAGGAUCUCCUCCUGAGCUCUCCGAUACCAGCACCACCGUCGGCAGCCGCACCUCCGCCGGGUUCAGCUACGGCUCCGGAAGCAUCAGUGGCGAUUAUGAGUCCAGUUCCGCCUCGUACUCUGGGGUGGACGUUGUCGACGUUCUGAACGACCGCAUGCAGGAUGUGUUUGACCCCACGCCACUGGAUAGGGGAUUGGCGAUGCAGGCCCAAGCCUCCGGUCAACUGAAUGCUAAGCAGCGAGAGCUUCUAGAGCUGCAGGCUCUCGCCCAGCGUCGCUUGAAGGGUGUUCGCUCCACGUUCAACGAGGGGAUCAAAGUUGCUCGGGAGACCAAGCGGGAUCUGGAAUGGACCCAGAAGCGCGUAAAUGCCUUGAAAACAAAAGCCGAGAAUGCGUAUCCCGAAGAAUAUCGGCGAGCGUCCAAGAAGUACACCUUUGCCGAUUAAGACAACCGAACUCCAGCCAGCGGGUCGAUCUCGUCCGCAGCGCCAUUUCUUUUCUGUUCGC